GGCAAAAGCAUACUUACGACCCACAGAUAAAGAGGCAGGCAGGCAGGCCUUCCUCCCUGCUGAGUCUGUCUAUGUGUGUGUUUCAGAGCUCGUCCUUGUCGCCCUCGGUGUCUGCGAUUGAGACCAUGUAGGUGAGCACGUUCUUGCGCUGCGUGACCCAGGUCUUCUUGUCGGCAGCCAUCGAACCCGCACCGAUCUUCGUCAGCCUCUCCUGCGACAGACACGUCGGCCAGAUGCACACAGAGGGAAUGGAUGACGGUGUGUGUGUUCUGGGUGUCGUGAAGAGAGUGGUCAGUUACCAGUUCUUUCUUCCACUCUUUGAGUCCCUCCUUGGGGUCGGUGCCCAUCUUGUCGAGCAUCUUCUUGUAGAACUUGGCCACCUUCUCCAUCGAAGGCUGAACACACACAACACACACAAAACACACAACACACACACGUACACACAGACUCAGAUGUACCCAUCGUCCAAUAUAUCCCGCCCAUCCGUCACCCACCCGACUCACACCGUCACUCACCUUCUGCUUUGCGAUUUCGUCGUCGACUUUCUUCAUAGCCCCGUCGAAGCACUCCUUCUUGCCCUUUGCGCACUGUGCGUACUCCUUGAUGAGCGGCUCGAGUGCGGUGAUCUUGCCGGCCUCCUCCUUGAGGUCCCCGCCCUUCUUGCGGAAGGUGCCCGCCUUCUGGUUGACGAACUCCACCAUCGGGUCGGCCUCCCGGCCGCCGUCGUACGGCUCGCUCUCUGUCUUGCCCUUGGGGAAGAACCUAGCACACACAAACAAACAGGGGGUAGAGACGUCUGUGUGUGUCUUGUGUUGUGUUGUGUGGUGUUUACUUGAGCGUGGGGUAGCCCCUGACUUCAUAUUUGUCAGACAGUUCCCUCUCGACAGUUGAGUCGACCUUGGCAAUGACGACAUCGUCUUCGUCCUUGAAGGUGGCCGCCACCUCCUCCCACGCAGGAGCCAUGCGCUUGCAGUGACCGCACCCUGAUUGACGACGAGAGAUCAGCACACACACACGUGCAGGCAGGGCGGAGGUGGGAUGUGAUGUGCUCUCAGAUCUGUGCUCACAUGGCGCGUAGAACUUCACGAAGACGUUCUUGCUUCCUGCAACGCACACGCACAACCACAACACACGCAAGGCUGAUGCGCAUCAGCGGCACUCUCGGCUAUCCCCGUCACCCCACCGUCCACAUAAGAGGUGAAGUUGUCGUUUGUCAGGAUGGCCACGUCGCUGGCGACGGCCGAUGCAAAAGCACCGAGAACAACGAGCAGACUCAGCAUUCUGGCACACAAACAGGCAGAUAUCUCCGAGCACACCAACACACGUGUUGCG